UCUAUCUCCACUAGGAUUAAGCAAAUUGUAAUAGACAAACUGCAAUGGCUUCAAUGGUGCCAAAAGUGGAACUAGGUUCACAAGGUUUAGUUGUUUCAGCACAGGGGUUGGGUUGUAUGGGUAUGUCCGGGAUCUACGGGCUCCCCAAACCCGAACCCGAUAUGAUCAAGCUCAUCCACGACGCCAUUGAUUCUGGAGUCACAUUCCUUGACACAUCCGACGUCUAUGGUCCUCACACCAACGAAAUCCUCGUAGGCAAGGCUUUGAAAGGAGUUCGAGAGAAAGUUCAAAUUGCUACGAAAUUUGGAAUCCAAUGGAUGGAUGAAAAGAGAGAAGCGCGUGGUGAUCCGGAGUAUGUUCGGUCAGCUUGUGAAGGUAGCUUGAAGAGACUUGAUAUUGAUUGUAUUGAUCUCUACUAUAUUCAUAGGAUUGAUAUUCGAGUCCCAAUCGAAGUCACGAUGGGAGAGCUGAAGAAACUGGUUGAGGAAGGGAAAGUGAAGUAUGUUGGAUUAUCAGAAGCAUCCGCCGCUACAAUCAGAAGGGCUCAUGCGGUUCAUCCAAUAACAGCGGUACAAAAUGAGUGGUCUUUAUGGUCAAGAGAUUUGGAGGAUGAAAUUGUUCCAACUUGCAGAGAACUUGGCAUUGGGAUUGUUCCUUACAGUCCUAUUGGCAGGGGAUUCCUAGCUGCCGGCUCGUCAUUGGCUGAAAAUUUGGUUGAGGGUGACUUCAGGAAGAGUAUGCCAAGGUUUCAAAAUGUGGAUCACAACAAGACUGUAUUCGAGCAAGUGAAUGAGAUGGCUACAAGGAAAGGGUGCACCGCGGCUCAACUAGCCCUAGCAUGGGUGCACCACCAAGGAACUGAUGUGGUUCCAAUACCAGGGACCACGAAGCUUGAAAACUUAAAGCAAAACAUUGGGGCUUUGUCUGUAAAGCUAACACCGGAAGAACUAGCUGAACUUGAAUCAUUUGCUUCAAGUGAAUCUGUGAAGGGGGAAAGACAUGCAUACAUGAAUUCGACUUGGAUAAAUUCGGAGACUCCUCCAUUGUCUUCUUGGAGAGGCAAUCUAGAAGUUGUUUAAUAUCAAGCCUGUCAAAGCGGGUCGUUUUAAAAACUAUUACUGUGAUUCGGGUGAUAUGGGUUUUAAUCAAAUGGGUUCACUGAUGAAUGGAUCAGAUUGGGAGGUGUAUCUAAUAUGUUUUUAGAGACUUCUUAAGGAAAUUUUCUAAUAUGUUUGUGUUUAUGUUGCUCUUCAAGGCAUGGUAUUUUAUGUUUAAGAUCAUGCAUCUUCUAAUAAAAAACAAAACUUGUGUGUUCGUGUUUA